ACUACGGACAAUGGCACUGUAUCAGUGAAGGUAAAGAAUGCUACGAACCAUGCUCUACUGAGCUUACAAGUUAGUUAAAAAAUGAUUUAAUUAAGGCUUCAGUACCCCAUUCAGAAGAAAACGUGUGAGGAUCUGAAAACCGCAAUAAAAAAAAAAAAAAAAAAAAAAGAAGAAGAAAGAAAGGAAAAAAAAAAAGAACAAAAAACAGAAAUCGACGACAUACGGCGCAGAUAACUUCAUAACUCAUCCAAAUGUAUAAUCAAAGUUGAAGCUAUGGAAACUCGUGGAUACUUUGUUUAGAAAAUUAGUUAAGAGAAGUCGCGCGAUAAAAUACAAUAUGAAAAAUAUUUUAAGUUUAUUUGAAAUGAGCCAACAACAACUACUGUACCUACUACAUCCAAAUAGAGAAUUUUACAUUUUCGAUCGUUAAUGGAAUAAUAUGUACUAUCGGAUAACAAGGAUGUCUAGGAGGUAAGUCAACAAACGGUUUAUUAAUUUCUUGCUAAGGCCCAGCUAUUUAACAAUUAUUCCUCGAGCCCUCAUGGGCUCUGAGUCCAUGAGGGCUCGAGGAAUAAUUGUUUUAGUAAAAUCCAACUAAUUGGUCAAAAAUAUCGAGACAAAACAACUUAAGUUAGCAAAACGCGAUUCAGCAGCCAUUGUUUCGGUCUACAAAGCUGAGGCACUUUCCGCUACCAGUGGCCAUAACAUAUAGCCUAGUAGUAGCUCAACCAAUCAAAAUGCAGCAUUGAUAAUAGACCACUAGUUGGAUUUUACCAAAAAAAAAAAGAUGUUUUUAACACAUGACACACCGGCUACGGGUGCGAAACGAUUACCGUACACGCAAUGUUUAAGAUACCUAUUUGAGUAUAAAGAAAUGUAAAAAAGCGGGUCGAGAAUUCAGAAAAAAAACGGAACGGUUAUCGAAUAGGACCAUUUAAUACUUUUCUGCCGAUUAAAAUAGUGUAUUCAAUUGCGGGAUAUUCCACUAGAAAACACUUCUUAGAUUCGGCUACAGGCGUAUGUUGUAAAUAACGGUUCAGCGAAAAAUAACUCAGAAACAACAUAACAUUAUGCGUAACAAAACUUAAUUAAGUUUUCAACCAAACGGCGGUGAGCGUGAUAUACUGUUUCUGACACGUACAAUGUUAAACUUGUGACUCGUUGUCUCACGUUGACAAUAAUAUUUUAGACUGUCAGUUCGGCAAUAAAAGGUCUUACCCUCCUGUUACCUUCUUUGAAUUUAUCCACCCUUGGGCAUAAUAAGCCGGAUUUUUUGCAUAAAACGCCUUUGACGAAGACUUUUUGGCACACUCACUCUAAACCGUAUUUCUCGCUAGAUUUGAGUGCCACCCGGGCGAGUGAGGUACUCCCUAAUAUUUGCCUUAUAGGUAUCUGCCGCCCCAAAGGAUAUGUGUUUUGCGCUGUUUUGGUCUGAAAACGGGUAUGGACUUAACCUAUUUAGGUCUGAUUUCGGGUAUGGUUUUCGAGGGAAUACGAGACUGCAUGAACGGAUUUGUUGCUUCAUUUCCAAAUGAACAAGAAAGAAAGAGUAAAAUGCGCUUCGAAAUGAAUUUUAAGAAAUUUUUUCUUUGCAUUUUAAUCCGUUGUAAGUAAUGAUGACAUAAUUUCUGCCUGCGACAGGUCUGAAAACGACUGUGGAAAAAGACAAUUUUUCACUGUGAAAAAAGGUCAGGAUUAGAAGAACUGGGCGGUACACCCCCACCACGAAAUGCCACAAAUACACCCCUACACCCCCACCCCCACUACCCCCCCCCCCCUUUCGGGGGCCAGAGAAACCACGUUAUAAAUAGCGGAAUUUAUCGGCAUUGUUCUUCCUUUGUCAUGUUACUGUAGACACACUUCCGCCUCAACGGCGAUAGGUCGUUCUCAUAUUCGAUCGUUCUCAUAUCGGGCGACUUCGUAACGAGCCGACCCCUUUCUACAAAACUGACUGAGUGACUCAUUUGCGUAUUUCAACCCACAGCAAUAACUUCGUGAAAUAGCCUUCGGGUAUCUGCGUGUUAAAAAGACCUAAUAUCAAUCUUCCGAGACCGCAAUACCGCAGGUUAAAAGCCACAUCACUACAAAUUCUUGAAGCCUACUUUGUCAAGUGGGUUAAGACAUAGUAAACUUAAAUAACAAUUAUAUUAUUAUUGUUAAUAUUAUCAUUAUAUAUUAUGAUUAUCAUUAUUAUUAGUAUAUCAUUGUUAUAAUUAUUAUCACCAUUGUUAUUAGCUCAGUCUAAACUUAAAUGGAUACUUUCUUUUUUUUAACUUACAGCCUUUGCCAGACAGUGAAAGACCAGCGGGGUUCUACGUUAAGCCUUUCGGUUGUGAGACACCAGAGACACAAUGUAAAGGAAGCCUUUUUAAAGCACUGACUGCAUUGGGACAAGGCAAUGUAGAAAAAUGCGUUGCUAGUUCAAAUAGCGGGAAGGAAUGGUCUUUGAAGACAUUUGACAAAGACAUACCACAUCCAGAUACCAUUUUUCUCAUAACAGAGGUCUAGCGGCGUUGCAUUUACGUGUAAAAGUUCCAGUUUUUGUGCAAAUUAAAUAUUUUUUCAGGAAAUGUUAAAAUAAAGGAAA